CUCAAGAAUAUGGGUGAAAACAUGUGCAAUUAGCGGUCUAUCAACUUGGUGGACGCAGGCUACAUGCGGCCAUCGAAGUCGCCUUUUGGGGCACCGGUGCUGUUCCAAAAGAAGAAGGAAGGGUCGUUGCGCAUGUGCAUCGACUAUAGAGCCAUCAACAAGUUGGCAGUGAAGAACAAGUGGCCGAUUCCCAACAUUGCCGACUUGUUCGACCAGCUUGGAGAAGCGAUGUGGUUCACCAAGCUUGAUCUUCGCUCGGGCUACUAUCAAGUGCGGAUAGCAGAGGGCGACGAGCCAAAGACGGCUUGCGUGACGAGGUAUGGCUCUUACGAGUUUCUUGUGAUGCCAUUCGGUCUCACCAACGCACCAACCACGUUUUGCACUUUGAUGAAUCAAGUGUGCGAGCCAUUCUUGGACCAGUUUGUCGUGGUCUACUUGGAUGACAUCGUCGUGUAUAGCAAAACACUCGAUGAGCAUGCCGAGCAUCUACGCCAAGUCUUUCAAGUCCUUCGCGACAACGAGUUAUACGUCAAGAGGGAGAAGUGCUUAUUUGAAGCCACGGAGGUUCCAUUCUUGGGGCACAUCAUUGGUGGAGGCAAUUUGAAGAUGGAUGGGGCGAAGGUGCAGGCAAUCCAAGAAUGGGAGCCGCCGACGAAGGUGCCAGAGUUGCGGUUAUUCCUCGUCCUUGCCAACUACUAUCGGAGGUUUAUCAAGGGCUACUCCAACAUUGCAUCAUCCUUGACGGAUCUCUUGAAGAAGAACAAGGCGUGGGAUUGGUCGGAAAGGUGCCAAGAAGCAUUCGAGGCCUUGAAGACAGCAGUGAUGAAGGAGCCCGUGCUCGUGCUCCCCAACCCGAUGUUGGCCUACGAAGUGCAGACCGAUGCAUCCGACUUCGCGAUUGGAGGUGUGUUGAUGCAAGAUGGGCAUCCCAUUGCCUUCGAGAUUCGGAAGCUCAGCGAGACGGAGAGGCGAUACACAGUUCAAGAGAAGGAGAUGACGGCUGUGGUGCAUUGCUUGCGCACAUGGAGGCACUACUUGUUGGGGUCAAAUUUCGUAGUGAAGACGGACAACGUGGCAACGAGCUACUUUCUGACGCAGAAGAAGCUCACCCCUAAGCAAGCGAAGUGGCAAGACUUUUUGGCCGAGUUCGACUUUGUCUUGGAGUACAAUCCAGGCAAGGAGAAUUUUGUUGCAGAUGCUCUUAGCCGCAAGAGUGCAGCCGCAAGCAUCAGCCAGCCCAUGUUUCCUUUGAAGGAGCGGAUCGUCGAAGGCCUUGGACAUGACCCCUUCGCCAAAACCAUAGCGGAGUACAUCAAGCAAGGUAAGACUCGACGGUUUUGGAUGAAGGAUGGGCUCAUCAUGACCAAGAGAGAGCGAGUGUUCGUGCCAAGAUGGGCCAACUUGAGAAAGGAGAUCAUGAAGGACUUCCAUGAUUCCAAGUGGGCGGGUCAUCCCGGCAUCGAGAGAACGCAAGCGCUCAUCGAAGAAGCAUACUUCUGGCCAUGAGAGACGACGUGGAGAUGUAUGUGAAGACUUGUCUUGUGUGCCAACAAGACAAGAUGGAUUAGAGAAGCCCGACAGGCUUACUAGAGCCC